AUGCCCCAACUUCCUUCCUCAGAUAAUAAUGGUUAUAGAUACCGUACAGUUUCACCAUCGUCACCAAACACUUUAAGAGGUAUCUUAUCUGCCAAGAUAGCCCUGGGGGCAAUCAUUGCUCAACAAGCAAAAGAAUGGUAUUUUCAGCAAUCAAUUGGUAAGAGAAUUCUUCUUGCCAUACUAUUAGUGAUUCUUGGUAUAAUUGGUACAUUGUUCCUUAUUUUCCAUGUGUAUAUUAUCAAAUUUCUCAUAUACUUGUCUGAUCAAUGGCAUGAUUUGAAGUUUGGAUCAUUGAUUAUAUUCAUUUUGGUGUUUAUGGUGGGAUUCCCUCCCUUGAUUGGAUUUACUGGUUUAUCAUUGCUCACAGGUAUGAUAUAUGGAUUCCCUAAUGGUUGGCCAUUAUUAGCAUGUGCUUCAAUUCUGGGAUGUACUUGUUCAUUUUUAAUUUUCCGUUAUGUGUUACAAAAGCAGGCUCAAAAAUUGAUGAAUCAUAAUGAAACAUUUAGAGCGUUUGCUGAAAUUUUACGUGAUGAUAAUUCAUUAUUAUUAUUGAUUUUAAUUAGAUUAUGUCCAUUACCUUAUUCUUUAUCAAAUGGAGCAUUAGCAGCCAUUCCUGAAUUACCUUUGUCAACAUAUUUUUUGGCUACUUUUAUCACAUCUCCUAAAUUACUUAUUCAUUUAUUUGUGGGUAGCAAAUUAAAAGAAAUCGGUGAUGAUAAAUCCACGGGAUCUACUAGAAUCGUAGACAUUAUAAGUAUUAUAAUCACAGCUACUGCUGCUUCAUUAGCUGCUUAUUUGAUUUAUGCAAAGAUGCAACAGAAAUUAGCUAGUUAUCAUAGUAGAGGACUUGCCGCUGAUGAUACUUUAGUAUUUGGCAAUUUUGAAGAUGAUUUAGAAAUGGGAAGUCAUAAUGAAAUUGAAUUGAAUUCAGCUGAUUUUGAUGCAGAUAAUUUUAUAAUUGAAGACGAUGACGAAGACGAUUACGAAGAUGAUCAUAAUAAUAGUAACAAACCAACUAAAGAUAACGGUGUUCGUAUUAGUGAAACAGAAACAAGUAAUGAUCUUUCUAUUGAAGGAUCUACAUCUGUCAAUAGUACAAAUAAUAGAGAUAUUUAG